CACUCCCCGACUUCCGGGUCGCGGUGAUUGCAGGGAACGCGCGGCGAGUAGCGUCGUUUCCGUUGCCGGCGGUUUGCAGUUGGGGGAAACUGAGGCAGCUCCAGCUUUUCCCCCUAGUUCUUCCGCUCCCGUGAGGAAAAAAAAAUGUUUAUUUCUUUGUGGGAGUUCUUCUAUGGGCACUUUUUUCGAUUUUGGAUGAAAUGGCUCUUACGACAGAUGACUGGAAAAUGUGAAUUGCAGCGAAUUUUUGAUACCUAUGUAGGUGCACAAAGGACACACAGGAUAGAAAAUUCCUUGACAUGCUCCAAGAAUAAGAUUUUACAGAAAGCGACACAUGUUGUUCAGAGUGAAGUGGACAGAUGUGUAGAAGAUAUAAUGAAGGAAAAGAAUAUUAACCCUGAGAAAGACAUCAGUUUUAAAAUCUGCAUGAAGGCAUGCUUACUGCAGAUAUCCGGUUAUAAACAGCUCUAUCUGUCUGUAGAGAAUGUGAGAAAAAGGCCGUAUGAUUCCGAUAACCUGCAACAUGAAAAGCUCCUUCUCAAGCUUUGGAAUCUUCUAAUGCCCACGAAAAAGUUGAAGGCCAGAAUCUCCAAGCAGUGGGCUGACAUUGGUUUCCAGGGUGAUGAUCCCAAAACAGACUUCAGAGGCAUGGGCCUGCUUGGAUUAAUCAAUCUUGUAUAUUUCAGUGAAAAUUAUACCAGUGAAGCUCAUCAGAUUCUUUCCCGUUCAAAUCAUCCAAAAUUAGGGUAUUCUUAUGCAAUAGUUGGAAUCAAUCUUACAGAGAUGGCUUAUAGCUUGCUGAAGAGUGAUGCUUUGAAAUUUCACCUCUAUAACUUUGUUCCUGGAAUGCCAACAAUGGAACACUUUCAUCAGUUUUAUUGAUCUUUGAAAAACUGGAAAAUAAUGGAAGAUUAUCCAAGAGUGUUUUGUAUUUCAGUUUAUAUAUUUGCUAAUUUAAAAACUUCAGUGAGGCAGUUUUUUACAUGUAUGCAAAUGUAGGAUUUACGCAGUUUUUCUGUGGGCAUCCUUUUUCCUGUCAACUAUAAAGUGACUUUUUCUUCUUGUGUACUGGUUAGUGAAUGCUGUGAGUCAAGGAUAGAUCAUUUGGUUACUCUUGUGAGGGAUUUAAUUUAAAGGAGCUUCUCACACAUAUUCUCCCCACCCCACACCACCUUAUUUCAAGGCCAGGUUUUCUUGUGGUAAGUUACUUAAUAACUUUUCCUAAAGCAAUCAUAUCACCACUAUUCUAUUAACUUUUAUUGUGAUGUUUGAUCCCUGAAGUUUUAAUUGAAUAAACCCAUUUUCUGAAGAUAUUGCUCAGAAGCAAAGAAUUCAUACCUAGCUUGGCUUCAUAUUCUACUUUUUCUUGAUCUUUUUGUGUCUUUAGAAGGUUUUUUGCAUGUUGGUAGGAUAUAGGAAAGCACUUAGAUAAUAAGUGGCCAGACCAUAACUUCUUCAGCUCCAUUCUUGAAGGAGUCAUCCAGGUCUCUCUUUCUCACAACCACCUCUGCCCUUACUUAAUCUUUAAUUCUGGGUUUGUCUAAAUCCUAAAUUUCUCUUGCAUUUGUCUGCUUUUGCCCAUUCCCAUUGUAACUGCACAACAUUAGGCCUUUGUUACUAGGUUACUGUAAUAAUCUUUUCCCCAGUCUUUCAAUGAUGACCCUCUUCUAGAUCUCCAUACUGAAGGUAUAGUUACUUAAAAUGAAAAUCUAGUCACUUUCUUUCAUCUCGUUGCUGGGAACUGGUCCCUAUACUAGUCUUGUUUGAUUUCCUCUCCUAAAUCUCUCACUGACUUUUAGCACAGUGCCUAAACUCCCGGGACUUUGCUAACUGCCUCCAGAUAUUUGUUGUCUCCACAAAAUACAUGCUUGUGUAAUGCUGCCCAUCAAACAUAAAGCAAGUAUAAAAAUAAACAAGCAAAAAACUCCUCCCCCCCAAAUUAAGCAUUUUAUUAUAUUUACAUAAAUAUAGGAGAGUGAUAGGUAGAAAAGCAGUACAAAAUGAUCUCUGUCCUGUAAUUCUUCCCCCUGCAAAUGGGUAACUGGGACAUCUUUGGGCGCUGUUGCUUCUAGUGCCCUCAACACCAACAUGGUUUGGCUCCUGACUAGGAGGAGCAUCAAAGUAAUAUCUGAGAUUGAAAGGUCAUUAUAGGACCUUCUCAGUUGCCUUGUUUCUGUCAGUCAGAUCCACAAGAGCUGUGGGUCAUCCUGGAAACAGUGAAGCUUAUGUUUUUCAAAUUUCUUAAAACAUUUAAAGCAAAAACACAGACACACACGUAGACACACACACAUCCAUUAUUUAUGCAGUAGUUCCCCCUCCACCCACAAAUUGAUUUUUAUACCCUUUACCAGUAAAGUUUCAUGUCUUAAUUAAGCCUCUGCUUUUCUUAGAAGAGGCCUAUCUUCUAACUAGAAAAUAGUAUGAAAACCUAAUUUUUUGAACAGACAUACCCUUUUUUGUUGAGGGACUGAGCCCAAUUCGUUUGUACAGAUCUGUUCCAAGGUCAUAGUUUCUGUCCAGAAGAAAGAGCUAAAAAGAGAUUAGUUUUCACAGUUUUUAUUUCCCUGUGAUCUGUCUCCAUUUCCCCUUUCCCCCUUUAUCCCUCCUGCCAUUUUGUUGUUGUUGUUCUCUGUGGGCAAGACUGGAUGCAGUGAGUGGUAAUGUAGCUUCUUGGCUCCAUCAUCACCUUGUGUACAUCUGAUAUGUAAGCAGAUAGUCACUCAUCCUGGGAAGUCACUGACCAUUGGUUUGGUGCUUCCAAAAAAAUAAUACCUCAAAUUUGUAUAACAAAAAGUUAUGACUAGUAACAACUUUACUGAGGUAUAAUUUAUAAACCAUAAAAUUUACCUAGUUUAAGUGUACAAUUCAGUGAGUUUUAAUACAUUUACUAAGUUAUACAACCGUUACCAUAAUCCAGUUUUAAAGCAUUUUUACCACCCCAGUAAGAUCCCUCACACCAGGUUACAGUUAAUCCCUGUUUCUUUGGUUCUCCUAUUUUUAAUCCCUGUCAGAAAACCUGAAAUUCUCCUGGGGCUUUGAUUAGGGGCAGUAGAAGCAUAUAGGGCAUUUUAAGUUUAGAAAUUUUGUUUGGUGUUUCUACUAAGUCUGAUGUUUUAAACCUCUUAGAGUCAAAAGGACAAUAGAUGUGCUUUAUGGAAACAACUCUUUUCUGUCACUUUCUGCAAAGCUUUAGGAGUUUUAUGCCAUGUAUGGGCCUGCCAGCAUUCUAGAAUUUUGGUAUUAUCUCUUGUAGUUUCCUGAGGUCUCAUUAAAUCAACUUAACCAUUACAGUCUCAGUUUUUUGAUUCAGUCUUUUUCUGACACCAAUUUACAUUUUAACAACUUCACCCUGAAGCAAGUAAUUUCUGAUAUUUUACUGUUGAGUUUAUUCCAGACCUGUAUCAUCAUUUGAAUAGGUAAUGAAAAGCAAUUUAAAGGACUUAAAAGAAUGGUAAAGAGCUAAAGCUGAUAGCCAGAAAUACUCAAACAAAUUGUAUUCUAUAAAAUUUAGGUGGAUGUUUGACUUUUCAUACUACCUAGAACAUUACUUUCCAAAGUUUUUAAUUGUAAAUCCCUAUCAGUGUAUUGGGCAUGGGGGUAGGGGAGACCACAAACUCCAUCCAAACCUGGAUUAGUAAUUUCUAUAGAUGUACUAUUGUCCUGAUGUAUACAUAAAAUAAAUUUAGAAUGAGAUAAAUAUUUAAAGUAUUAGUUAAAAAUAAUUACAAGAUUAGCAUUCUCAGCUUGUCUUUUGGGAACAGGAAGCAGAUGGCACCCCUCUGCUCAAAGAGGCCUUAUUCUUUGAUUUUGUCACAUGUCCUGGUUGAUAAAAAUCCAUUUUAUCAUAUAUCAGGGGAUUAAUCUGAACUCUCUCUUAAGUUGACCUUAUGAAGUCAUAUUUCAGUGUUGAAAUGUCAUGGUUCUUAACUGUUAAUGUUUGCUUUAGGACUAAUGUUUUCAAAUGGAUUUUCCAUUCAUUUCAUACUAGGCUAUUAUGAUAGUCUAGCCACACUUCUGUGUAAGGUUACUGGCUUUAUCCCCCUGUUUAUCUGAACUAAGUCAUUUCUAUCCCUUCUUGAACAGCCUUUCAGAAGGGGGAAUGAGAUUCUGAUGGAAACAAAGUCUAAUUUAUAACAUAAUAGAGACCACUUGCAAACUAUGUGAUUUGGGCAAGUCAUUUAACCUCUUUUGCUUCUCUGUUUCCUCUUUGCAAAAAUGGGGAUUAUACCAUAGUGCAUCACAAGAUUGCUGUGAGAGUGAAUGAGCAUAUGGCGAGGACUGUAGUAGCAUUUGUUAAAUAAUUAAAUUCAUACAUUUGGUUGAAUCCAAAUAAGGUUUAGGAGUGCUUUUAAAAUUCACAUUUUUUUUGUUGUGGUAAAUAUGUCUAUUUAUGUAUUUAUUUUCAUUAAAUGCUUUUAACUGAGCAUUAAUUUAACUACUGUAAUAAGGAUAUUGAAAAAAUAUUAAGCGUAUUUAGAGUUCAUGUAUUCUUUUUUUAAAGAGACAGUGCUGAUAGUUCAUUGAACAAAGCAGAAAUGACUCAGAUUUAUAAAUCAAGUAGAAAACAGCGCCUCUGUACUUCACCCUCGUCCAACAUUUUUUUGUAGUUUCAGGCUUCUAGGGAUAACUUUUUUUCCUAUUCUCAAGAUAUCCUUUGACAGUAUCUCUUAAAUUUAAGGGAUUUUGUUGACUUUUUGAGACAAAGAGUAAAUGUUCACUAGAUAUGUUAUUGAAAUUGCUAUUUAUCUUGAACAUACAAAAAUAUUUCCUAUGAAGUUCCUCAGGUUUAUAGUAGUUUAAUAUGGUUUCUGAUUAUUGAAUCUUAAUAUGGAAUUUAAAGGAUGGUUAUAUACUUUUGAAAUGAGAUGGUUGGAUGUGAUUUCCCUAUUGAGCACUAUAUUUGUGUGUAUGUGUUUCUUUUCUUUUAA